AUGACUGAUGUUGACAAAAAUGAGUUUAAAGUCGAACCGUUCGAUGAAAAUUCGGUCAUUAGCAAGAAAACUACGACCACCGCAAGCGCCGAUCUAAAGACACGCGCUUCGAAAAAGAAGAAAACCGUUAUUAUCAAAGCUCUAGUCCUGUAUAUCCGUCCGAAAUAUGAUAGUAAGGAACUAAAAGAAUUUAUCGACGAACUUAUGGAAGAAAAACAGUUGGAUAAUUCGGAUAAGUGUGCCUCUACACUUCAUCGUUAUAUGCUAGAAUCAACACGCGAACCAGUUGAUAUGGGUAAUCAAAAUGUACUCACUACUUAUUGUCCUAACCUGUUCACGCAAAAGAAUGAUGCAUUCGGACCAUGGAAAUUCCAUUUCUUGCUCGGUCUUCUUGAGCUCUACUAUGAAUGUGGUGAACCGAAUGUACGAGAAGCAUUUCCUGAAGUGUGGAAAACAGAUUCCACAACGAAAAUUCAUGUGAAGCCAGUAGAAGAGAACGCGAAUGAUGUGAAGACAUCAACUGCAAGAACAGAACCUGUUCAACAGGAAGAAGACGUCACUCUUGACGAUCAUCUUCAGGUUAUCUGUCGACAGAACAACUGCAACGAAGAUGAUGCGAUAGUGUGGUCAAAUGCCCUAAAAGGUACCAUUGAACAUCUUCGAAAUGUGGCAGCUAAUGAAGCUUUCUGGGAGAAGUUGUCAUCGAUCAAAUAUUUGGCUAAGCAAAGAAUACGCGACUACAUUCAAUUGAAUUCACCACCUCCAGCAUUGAACACACCAACAGAUCCUUACGAGAAGUCUAAAGCUACGCUACUCGGUGAUAUCCAUCGUGUGCGACGCUACUUCCAUCAUGUUGCCAAAACAUUACAAGGUAUUCCUAAUCUUGAUCGAAAAGCCGUGGAUUUGGCAAUUACUGAAAUAAGAGAAUUCUAUGAUGAUGAUGGUAAUGUUCUCAAUACUAUUCAUGCCUAUUUGAAAACAUUCUGUCUACGAAAUGACAUGGUCGGUGAGAAUGCUUAUAAGCAGAACCGCAAAGAUUGGGAAGAAAAGCGAACUGUUUUACUCGAGAAAUCGAAAGAAGGUCGUAGCGAAUAUAACGAAGUGGAGAACAAGCGUUCGCAAGCAGCCAAGAGUGUAGAGACUCACGUAAUUCGUUUACGUAAUUUGACUCACCAGAAGAAGCAAGUGAAAGAAGAUGAGCAAAAGUUAAUCAAAAAAAUGACCGCGAGCAGCGGAAAACCAAUCGGUGAUCUUCGAUCCGACUUAGAUGAGUUUCGAAAAAAAUUCAAGUCACUUGACGACGAGAUCCAAAAGGCCGACAAAUCACUCAAAGACUUUCGUAAAGCACUGCUUGAACUUAAAGAGAAACUUGUUCCAUUGGCCAAAAAAAAAACCGAAGAAGAGGACGAGAUUCAAGAACUUGAUUCUCGUCUCGCACUCAAUCUUGGCGAUGCACAUCGAAAAUUGAAUGUUAAAUUCGGACGAGGAUUGCUACUAUACGGACCACCAGGAACAGGUAAAUCCGAACUAUUGAAAUGUGCUGCAAUAUUUGCGGGCAUCACAAUGACGACGACUCCUCUGGCAGCCGGUGAACUGAAUCGUCCCUAUGUUGGUGAAACGGAAAAAUUACUUGUCGACAUAAUGUACCGUGCCGCCGCCAUACCCCAUCUGAUCUGUGCCAUGACAAUCGAUGAAAUCGAUGGACUCGUACCGAAACGUGACAACAAUGCUCAACAGUCGAAAGUCGAUGGCAUUAGUGUUCUUCUCUCGCAUAUUGAAGGUGUCAAAAACAUACCGAAUUUAAUUGUUUUUGGUGCAACAAACCGACGAAAUAUGAUGGAUGAAGCGUUCCUUCGUCGCAUGCAAGCGAAAUGUUUUGUCGGUCGUCCAUCGCCCCAAAUUCGAAAGAAAAUGUUUCGACCAUUAUUGUGUAAAAAUUCCCACACCUUUACAAACAAACGUCUCGAUUUUCUGGUGAAUAUUACAACAAAUUUUAGUGGUGCAGCCGUCGGUGCACUGAUGUCGAGUAUUAUUGUUGCCAUGGAUCCAAAUAAAAACGCGUCAGGAACCCUUACUGAUCAUACUCUUCUUGCAUUGGCCGAUAAAGCAGCACGCGAAUUUAGUUGUUGGUUUGGUAUUGAAACUUUACCAGAAAUUUGUCGUCUCUAUCCGGAUAUAUUUAAAUCAACCGAUCAACAAGAAAAGUAUUCACUUAAAUUGCCCACACGUUCACCGUCAGGUCGCAUUCUGAUCGAUUUACUAGAUCGAAAAUGUUUGAUCGAACUUACCGAUGAACCUACUCUCGAAAGUGCAUUAGCUGAAAAUGAAACAUCUACAUCAACAUUGAUAUCGCGUUUUAUUAGCAAAUGUUCAAGUCGAAAUAUUGAUACAAUUCAUAUAAUUGAUCUCAAUUUUCUGAUCAAACAUAAUGCAUUUGAUGAAAAUCAACGAUUUGAAUUGAUGACAACGACUUUUCAUGAAUGCGAUGAAUAUAAUCGAUCGAUGCUCAUUUUUGAUAUCGACUCACUCAUUAUGCUCAGUGUCUCUGAUUCGAACAUGUCAAAAUCGGUAUCAAUAUCCAACAUUCAAAUGUAUCAAUUUAUUCGAGAAAAAUGCAAAAAAGCCAUUGUUGAACAAAAGUCUGCGGAUAGUACAAAGACACACCAACAAAUUCGAGAAGAACAAGACGAGGAAGAAAAACGUAUCGAUGAUGAAAUAGUGAAAAUGUGUCCGAAAUGUCAACAAAAUUAUAUUCAGUCAAAGAAUGAUCACGGCACUUGUCACUAUCAUGACGGAUACAUUUAUGAUCUAGUUGCAGAAAAGGCAUUGAGCAAUAACGAAGCUCAAAAGAUCACUCAGAAGUAUAAGUUAGCAGUCAAUACUCAUGGUACCAAUGAUUCGAAGCCCAAACCACCGGAAUUAAUGUGGGCCUGUUGUCUGGGCUUAUAUGGCGUCGAUCCAACGUGUAAAGUAGGUACCUGUGGAUUACCUAAAGAACUUAAAGAUCAUCCAAUCGAACCAAAUCAAGAUGAAAUUGAGCUUGUUCAAAACCAUUUCAAGAAAAAUUCUGCAGCCAUGGCGAAUAUCGAAGAUUUUCUCAAGACUUAUAAACCAAAGUCGGUACUACCUGAAACAAGACCCGCAAGUCGAUUGACAACCUCAGCAUCGGUGACCAGUGUUACCAAAAAAUAA